AUGACAUGCAUGAGGAGAGAGAACCAGAGCAGCAUGUCCGAGUUCCUCCUCCUGGGGCUCCCCAUCCAGCCAGAGCAGCAGGGCAUCUUCUUUGCCCUGUUCCUGGGCAUGUAUCUGACCACAGUGCUGGGAAACCUACUCAUCAUCCUGCUCAUCAGACUGGACCCUCGCCUCCACACCCCCAUGUACUUCUUCCUCAGCCACCUGGCCUUCUCUGACAUUUCCUUUUCAUCUGUCACUGUCCCUAAGAUGCUGAUGAACAUGCAGACUCAGGAUCAAUCCAUCUCCUAUGCAGGGUGCAUAGCACAGAUGUAUUUUUUCAUAUUUUUUACUGUUCUGGAUGAUUUCCUUCUGACCUCAAUGGCCUAUGACAGGUAUGUGGCCAUCUGUCACCCUCUGCAUUAUACCACCAUCAUGAGAGAGGGACUGUGUACCUUACUGGUAACUGUAUCUUGGAUUCUCUCCAGUGCCAAUGCUCUGUGUCACACACUUCUUCUGACCCAGCUGUCUUUUUGUGCUGACAACACCAUUCCUCAUUUCUUCUGUGACUUUGGUGUCCUGCUCAAGCUCUCCUGCUCAGACACAUCUCUCAAUGAGCUGGUCAUUUUCACAGUAGGACUGGCAGUCAUCACCUUCCCACUAACAUGCAUCUUGGUCUCUUAUGGCCACAUUGGGGCCACCAUCCUCAAGAUUCCAUCCACCAAGGGCAUCUGCAAAGCCUUGUCCACGUGUGGCUCCCACCUGUCUGUGGUUUCUCUGUAUUAUGGGACAAUUAUUGGGCUGUAUUUUGUACCCUCAUCCAGCACCUCCAGUCCCAAGGACACAAUUUCCUCUGUGAUGUACACAGUGGUCACCCCAUUGCUGAACCCCUUCAUUUACAGUCUGAGGAACAGGGACAUGAAGGGGGCCCUGGAGAAACUCUUCCACAAGGCCGCAGUCUUGUCUCAGUGA